CAGUUAGAUUUGGCGGUUCAACUUCAACAUGGCCGAAGCAAGUAGCGCCAAUCUAGGCGGCGGCUGUGAGGAAAAAAGGCAUGAGGGGUCGUCUCCACAGUCUGUGCCACCCGGCACUACCAUUUCGAGGGUGAAGCUCCUCGACACCAUGGUGGACACUUUUCUUCAGAAGCUGGUCGCCGCCGGCAGCUACCAGAGAUUCACUGACUGCUAUAAGCGCUUCUACCAGUUGCAGCCUGACGUCACACAGCGAAUCUAUGACAAGUUUAUAGCUCAGUUGCAGACUUCUAUCCGGCCCCCUAGAGCUGUCCUGGGUGCCCGGCAGGCUGCAGCAUCCAUCAUCUCUCCCUUCCAAAUGAUGCGGCUGACGUUUCAGCAGCAGCUGGCCACCUGGUACACCAAGUGGACAGGAAGUGAGCAUUCCUAUGAGGAACAGGUCUUGGGAGGUGAGAGACCAUGGGAGAGACCUGGGAAGCCAGCCCAACUUGGGACAAGGUGGGCAUGUCACCGAGUGGGCUUGGAAACCGAACCCUCUUCCACAAGGGCCUUCCGUGUCCCUUAUUCCUUGUGCCCCAUGUGGCCCUCCAGGCGCCCCAGCGGGAUCCCAGAGAAGGAUCUGCACAGCGUCAUGGCACCUUACUUCCUGCAGCAACGGGAUACCCUGCGGCGCCACGUGCAGAAACAGGAGGCUGAGAACCAGCAGCUGGCAGAUGCCGUCCUGGCAGGGCGGAGGCAGGUGGAGGAGCUGCAGCUACAGGUCCAGGCCCGGCAGCAGGCCUGGCAGGCUCUACACAGAGAACAGAGAGAGCUGGUUGCUGUGCUGAGGGAGCCUGAGUGAGGAGACCGCCAGGCCCAGAAGCAGAGGGCAGUCAAGGUCAAGAGCCUGUGGCCAGCAUGCCUGGCCUGGGCGGCCUGCCUCUGAGAACGGCUGAAAUGGUGCCCAGUCCCUCAGCAGUGAUGGAAUUUGCUGGAGGACUAGGCCAGAGAAAGCCUCAUUGCCACUGUGCCUUUGGGGUACCCUUGGGGUUGGACAUACACCCUCUUUAGAUUCCUCUGUUUUUUCUACCUGGAUAAUUCUUGGCCAUGUUCUCUCUUCUUUACGUUCAGGUCAGCUUUGCCCCUCCGCCCCACUCCUGCUGGUUCCUGAGCCCUUUUCCCUGGGCCUGGCUUGGAGAAUCUGUUUUCAAUCUCCACUGAUUGCCCCCUUGCUGCCCAGCCCAGGGGCCUUUACCAUGUUCUCCCCACAUCCGUAAAUAAACUUCCUCCACUACACUGUAA